UUGGGGAUUCCCCUGCACACCCGGAAAUCCCGGUUCGUCACGAUUUCUGAGGGUUGGCCAUGGAAAGUCCCGGAAAAAACAUCAGGAUUUUAACGUGCUUUAUAGAGUCUAAUUUAGACGGUUUCUAUUUCCGUUUCUGUGAGAACUAAGGGUCUUUUAGAUGACGAAAUUUUGUCUCUACAAGGUCACUACAACGUGUUUUCCCAACAUUAGAGUCGCGUGGCACUAAGUUCCUCCUUUCACAGAUGUAGGAAUCAUUUGCGUACUUAGCUUAUACGUUAGAAAAAUAACCUAAACCAGUCGGGCCAUUUUUACAUUGGUCAUUUCCUCUCUGCUUUAUUUCAACAGCGUCACAUUGGUGGUUUCAGCCUUGCUCCUUUUCAUGUUGAACAACAGAAUAUCCACAGCAAAGCAACAAUUUUAAUCAGAUUUCCAAGAAAGGAAAGGAAGUAACGUUUUCUCAGUGAAGUUUUUUAUCCAUAUGGUAAGAGAUCAGAGGGUUUAAGGGACAACAUGGCAGAAUCACACACAACUCUUGCCCCAGAGAAAGUCAAGGAGGUUGUCCAAUUUGCCAAGCAUCUUCAGAACGAGAACCAUCAGCUAAAGGAAAACUUGAAAGUAAUGCAGGCCCAACAGAAGGAGAUGCUGGACAAGUCACAGGUGGAACAGUUUGUUCUUCUGUUACACGACUCUCAACAGGAGGCCAGGAGGUACAAAUCCAGAGCAAACCAGUAUGAAAUCUUACUGAAGAGGGCACAAGACAGGUUUGGUAAGAUGUCUGGGAAGAAGCUGGAGAGUCUUAUCACACCAGGUGUAUCUAAAGAAGUGUUUGAUGACCUGGUCAGGGAAAACGCCCGCAUGAAGAGACAAUUGGAACAAGUCUUGAAGGAAAGAGGACAAGAUAUGAGAAACUUCAUGUCCGCCCAAAACAGUGAAGACUUACUGAAGUCUGUGAAAGAACAGUUAGAGCAGAAAGAUGAGGAGAUAAAGAUGAUGAAGGAAACCAUCAGAGAUGCACGCAGCAGUGAUGGGACAAUACAGGCUGAACAACUGAUAGAUAAGGUGUCUGCCCUGCAGAAGUCUGACCAGAUCAAGUCGACGUGGCUGGAGCUGUUCAGACUGGAGAAUGAGAGACUGCAGCAGGAUGUCCUGAGCAUGAGUACUGAGCUGAAACAGGAAAAACAUUCCCUACAACAGGAGAAAGCUGACCAAUUGGACGGGAGGUUACAGAGGGGCUCCAAAACAAUCAUGGGAGGUAGGGAUUUCAACCAGCAAGUCACGGAACUGGAGAGAAGGCUGCAGCUUCAGAAGCAGGACUAUGAGGCAAAGAUAUUCCAGCUGAGACAACAAGCAGGGAGCCCAGCACAGGGCCAGUUUGGCAGCUCACAAGGAGACGUCCAGGCCCUUCAGCGGAAGGUGGAUGGUCUGAAGGGUGAUCUUCAGCGUGCCUUAGAUGAGAAUGCAGCCAUCAGCGCCCAGUCGGCCUGCUAUAAGGAGGACUUUGAGGCCGAGCAGCAGGAGAGGAACAACCAGAAGACCGACUUCGAGGCAAAACUCAAGCAGAUGCAGGACUGUAUAAACAAACUCAGCAGUGAGUGUGAGACCCUGAACAACAUGCUGUCACGGGAGAGGUUUGAGAAAAAUCAGUUCAAGAAACAAAUUGAGGCUUUUCAGAUGAACCCAGCUGCUGCAGCGCUGUAUGGAUUGGGAUGUAAUCGACAAGUCGGACUGGCUAUCCCCAGUCCUCAAAUGGGACUGCAGCCUGGUCUGAUGGCACGCGGCAGCCCCACCACCCCCAACCCCUACACCAACCAGGCCGGGCCGUGGAUGAACCCGCCCCCCCUCCCGCAGAUGGUUGCGGUGGACAGUGCUGACGGCGCGAGACAGGAUUCGGGGGGAAGCGGAUCCGGGGGGGACGACAGAAGGGUGUGCCCUCGCUGUGAGCGCGAGUUUUUCGACCAGGCUAAGUUUGAAGAGCAUGUGCAGAAGUGCAUAGAUGGUUAAACACCUGGGUUUUUUAGAUGCUAAAACAUCAAUGCAAAUUUGUAAGUUUUCUUUUGUCAAAUUUCUUGGUUUUAUUGCAAAAGCGAGGAAUAGUACAGUGCUGAAGAGGCCCUGAAGGAAUCAGGCUAGGGGUUCAAUGGUGUCAGCAUGAGCUUUUGUGUUCACUACUUACGCUAUACAUGUACGUGUAAUUUCGCAUUUUUUAAAUUGCUUGUAAAAUUAUUGCCUACAUGCAAUUUUGUAUAUUAUGCAUCAUGGGUUUAGGUCUGGAUUUGCAAAAGUAUUUCCCAAAUGCAUUGUUAUUGUUAACAAAAUUUUGACUUUUCUGCAAUAUUGCAGAACACUGAGAAAAGGAUUUGGUCCUCUAACUUGUAAAGGAUGAUAAAAAUAUUAGGUACAAAUGUAGACUCUGCUGGCUAGUGUCCAUUUAUAGUGACAAGGUUUGAUAAAUCAUGGUCUUUUCUUCUUUCCCUUCUACUUUAAUUAAGUAAAAUACAAAUUAGAAUAUACCGACUCAAUGUCAAGUUUAUUUUUUGACAAAGAACAGUUUUCAUUGUUUGAGAAGACAAUCCUUCAGAUGUGGUCAUUUCCUUACUUAUAUAUCAUUUUCAUAAUAGUUCACAGUUUGUGGUGUGGUACCUAUUUAUGAACAGGAUAGAAUUUCUGUACGAUAUCAUCUUAAUAUCAGAUUCUGUUCAUAUUCUUAUAGUAGUUUCUAUGUAAUUAAAAUUGCAUAAUAUUAUGUAUCGGUGACUACAUGAAAAGUAAUACACUAUUGGAAUCUUCAGUAAGUAUACAAUGUGGUUACAAUAUUUUUACCCAUAUCUGAUUUUUCAAUAAACUUCUAGCAA